AUGGUGAGAGAAGAUGAAGAAGAGAGCAAAUGCCGUCUGGUGAAAGAGAUCUGCGAUAUUUCUUCACGCGCCGUCACAUGCUUUCAUCGUCACCGCCAUCUCGGACUCCACCCGUUUAUUGACUGGUAUCUUGUUCUUCGAGUGGAGGAGAAUGCUAAGUUGGAUGUGAUCAAGAAGCAAUAUCAUAAACUAGCUUUGAGGCUUCAUCCCGAUAAGAACAAACAUCCUCAAGCUGAAGCUGCAUUCAAGCUUCUUCACCAGGCUUACAUAUGUUUGAGCCAUGACUUUAGAAGACAAGAAUUCAACAUGGAGAGGCAGAAGAAGCUCUAUGCAAAGUGUUGCUGCUCCAUUAAUAGAUCAUCAAUAAUCUCCAUUGCUAACAUCAAUAAUACAACAAGUUCUUCUAAAGAUUUAUUCGACUUUAGAGCGAAACUAUCGGAAGAGAUGAGAGUAAUCGAUAAUUGCUUGAAGUCAAGAAGAACACGAGUCUUUAACAAGAACUCGUCUUCUUUACCUGUCUUUAAUCCUUCGGAUUACCUUCCACAUGGCUAUCCUCACCAUAGAUUAAACAUUGGAAGGACUUUUCCAUUCCAAACAGAUCAUCAGAGGAGUUCUUGAUGAGUCAAUUGUUUGUCACCAUAUAUAUUAUUGGAAACUCUUUUUAAAAUUGUUUGUUACUUCAAAUAAUAUAUAUUUUGUGGAUUUGA